AUGUCUCCAUUUCCUACUCGAGCCAUAUUCGUACAAAGCCCCGGUGCUGAACCAAAAUUGAUUGAUGUCGGCUUCAAGCGAGAUACUCUCCAGCCGACAGAAGUGAUCAUCGAGAACUCAGCUUCAGGUCUCUGUCACUCUGAUCUCAUUCUUAUGGAUGGUCAUCUACCGCAAUUUACCUUUCCGGUAAUACCUGGUCAUGAGGGCGCCGGAGUGGUAAUGGAAAUAGGAAAGGAAGUUGUUGGCCUGGCAGUUGGCGAUCAGGUCUUGACGUCUUGGUCUUACUGUGGAAAGUGUCGAAUGUGUGAACGUGGACGUCCUAGUGUAUGCGAAGAGUGGCAAUCAAGGAAUUUGAGUGGAUCGAGAGCUGAUGGCUCAGCUGCUUUUGAAACUCUCAAUGAUCCUCCACCAGAUGAGAAAAUCGGAUCUCAACUGAUUGGUCAAGCAGCCUUGGCAAAGCAUAUGAUCGUGGAGCAGUCAAGCUGUGUCAAACUUCCAGCCCCAGUCAGUAAAUCUGAUCUAGAUUGGUUAGCUCCCCUCGGCUGUGGAUUCAUAACGGGCGCUGGCACAAUUUUCAAUUGCAUCCCAAAACCAAUCAAAUCGGGCUCCACAAUCGCAGUGUUUGGAGUUGGAGCUGUAGGAUGUGCAGCCUUGAUGGCUGCCAAAUCCGUUGAUAUCUUUGAGGAAAUUGUCGCUAUCGAUAUCCAUCCUAGACGAUUAGAGCUUGCAAAAAGUUUAGGAGCAACAUCAGUUGUUUUAUCUGAUGGAACAAAUGAUGUUUCACCUCAAGUGAAAGCAAAGACAGAAAAGUUGGUAGGAGUAGAUUAUGCAAUUGAAUGUACCGGCCUAUCCAGUUGUAUGAAGGAGGCUUAUGGAUCAUUGGCCAACGGUGGGAUGUUGUGUUUGGUUGGCAUUGCUCGUCCAGGGACUAAGAUGGAUUUUGAUCCUCUAGCCCAUGUAAAUGAUAUGAAAACGGUUCAAGGAUGUCUCGAAGGUGAUUGUGUACCAUCAGAUUUGAUCCCAAGACUCAUUCAGUUAAACAAAGAAGGUCAAUUUCCAUUUUAUCAAUUGUGCAAAAAGUAUCCUAUUGACAAAUUUGGAGAAGCUAUGAAUGAUAUGAAGACUGGAAAGGUUAUCAAGCCUAUUUUGGUUUGGGAUUAAGACUUGUUCAUUUUUGACAUUGAAUUUGUGGCAUUUCAUGUGUAUUUUCAACUUUAUCUCUGUGAUAGGUAUAUUUCAUUGCACCAAUUGCCAUUAUCAAAUUUCACC